CUUAAGGGUUUGAAGCCAAACAAACGCCAACAUGUCAGAGAAAAAGAUGUCUUCGAGUCGCAAGCAUCAUCUCAAGAGUUUGAUGCUGUCAAUCGCCAAAGGCUUGCUGGAGGAGGAAGAGAGGGAGCAAGAGGAGGAGAGGACGGCGUACAUGGCCGACAACUGCCCUCCCCUGUCCAUGCCCAGGAGCAUGCAGGAGCUGCAGGAGCUGUGCAGGGAGAUCCACCACAAGAUCGACGUGAUCGAUGAGGAGAGAUACAACCUGGAGAUGAAGGUCAACAAGUCCAACAAGGAGAUCGACGACCUGAAGAUCAAAGUACAGGACCUGGUUGGCAAAUUCAAGAAGCCCGUCCUGAAGAAAGUGCGAAUGUCCGCUGACGCCAUGCUGAAGGCUCUGCUGGGCUCCAAGCACACAGUCAACCUGGACCUGAGGGCCAACCUGAAGCAGGUCAAGAAGGAGGUCAAGGAGGAGGAUAAGGAACUGCGUGACGUCGGUGACUGGCGUAAAAACAUUGAGGACAAAUCUGGUAUGGACGGGAGGAAGAAGAUGUUCGAGGCCGAGGCUUAAAUCAGUGUCUUAACUAACCUGCAGUAUUUAUAGUCUGU